AUGGAUGAUGAACGGACAACGGCAGCGGGCCGGAUAACAUCAACAAACGUCAGGGAAGAAGAGCCCUCCAUUACUGUGCCAUGCGAACUCGAUACACAUAUAGAGCAGCACGAAAGGCGCAAGCGGGGACGAGUGUGGACCGCUGAGGAGCAGGCGGCGUAUUGGCGGGAGAAGAAGGAAAAGCAGCGGCAACGGAAAAAAGCAGCGGCAGCGGAACGGCGGGAGAUGCAACAAAAGGAAUGGGAGGCGCUGAGCCAGAGUGAGCGUGAGCGACGUCGGGCAGAGGCGAUUGCGGUACACGAAAAAAGGCGUGGCGCGGAGAUGCGUUUGCAGCAGCUGUGCCAGGAGCACCUUGCUGACGCCAAGCUACCGGUUCUAGUUUUUGACUUAAGUUUCGCGUGGUGCAUGAAUGCUAGUGACUGUCGCAGCACUGUGUCGCAGGUGAAGCUCAGUUACAGUGCCUUGCGUCGUCAUGCCUUCCCCUUGCGCCCCGUCAUCACUUCUAUUGGUGGCAGUGCCGAUGGGGAGAUGGCGUGCGCACAUAGCGAUGUCUUGCAGUCCCUUUGCACCUUUAACGGGUUUUCACGUUACCCUUUACCCGUGCAUGAGAACCACUGGUCGAGUCUCUAUGACCUUCAGCGCGUAGUUUUUCUGACGGCGGAUGCGGAAGUUGUGCUUGAGCGGAUUGAACAGGGGACGGUGUACAUUGUUGGAGCCUUUGUCGACCAUAACGCAAGGAAGUUUCUGACAAGGGAUGCCGCAAUACGGUACGGUGUGCGUAUGGCACGGUUACCAAUUGACGAGUCCAUUAAGGUGGGUAACAUCUGCAAGGUGCUGACUGUAAAUCACGUUGUGGAUGUGUUGUGCCGGUAUACUGAGUGUGGUGACUGGAGUACGGCAUUUGAUGUACUUCCCACUCGUCGCACGGUCAGCAGAAGGGAGCGACGGACUAAUGCUCAUAUAAGCAUGAGCAGUAACACAGUUUUUGGAGAGUGUGAUAGUGUUGAUACUGACGAGACAGGGGGUACAACACGCGUGGCUUCUGGGCAGGCGGACUGA